AUGCCUUCAACAAUACCCCAACCUCUCUUCCCUGAUCUCCCCCCCGAACUCCGCAACGAAAUCUACACGUACCUCUCUUCCCCUGUCCCGGAUUCUCAACCUCUAAAUUCGCACCUCCCCCUCCCCCUCAAAACCUUCACAUGCAAACACACGACAAUCCACCUCUGCCCCACCCACCACGGCUCCACCAGCCUACUCUCCCUCUCCUCCCCCGAAGCCCACGAAUACAGCUCGUGGCUCCUCAACAACGGGAUAUCGCUCCACAUAACCAUCCACUUCAAAGGCCGCAUCAACACGUUUACGCUCCCCCACUGGUCCAAAAAGAUAUCCACCCACCUGCACAAACUGGCGCGGCACCACCCUUGGUUGGCCAAAGUAGCGCGGUACGAGAUCGAUGUGGUGUGGGAUCCGCUCGACGGCGCACUCCAGAGUCGGCAUCAGAAACGGCGAGCGGCGCAUGUGCCGCUAGAUAUGGCGGAUGCGCUUACGCAGCUCAUGCAGAGAGACGUGAAAGCCAAGCAGGGGUGUGUGGUGUUGAGGGUGCAUUUUGAGAAGAGGUUUGCGGUGCUAAAUGCGCUUGCCGAGAGGAAAUUUGGGGUUGGGGUCUUUCUGCGGGAUGGGGAGAGGUUGGCGGGGUUCAAGAGGGUGCUGAGGGAGGUGCGGAUAGUGCCGUCUAAUAUUGUGGCGGAGAGGGAGUUGGGAGAUGUGCCUGCGCCUGGGUUGCGGGUUGUGCCGUUAUCGGGACCGGAGGAGGAGGCGUUGAUGGUUGUGGAGGAAGGGGUGGUGAAAUUGUCGGAGCGGACGCGGGGACAGAUGGUUGUGAGGAGGAGGAGGAGGACGACGACGACGAGCGGUGUGGCGGAUGGAGUGUGGGAGUAUGGGAGAGGAGAGAUGGAAUUUCCCGUUUGUCAGAUACUGGAAGAAUGUAUGGAGUGA